CCAGACUUUUUUCAAUAUACAGUAUAUACAGUAUAUAUAUAUAUAUAUAUAUAUAUAUAUGGGGUGCCCUGAUAAUCGGUAGCCUAUCAGCAUGGCACCGAUAUAGGGGAAAAAAACACAAUUGGUGAUCGGCAGUUUUUAUUUUUUAUUUUAACCGAUAAUGUACACCUAUAUUCACGCUUGAAUUUCUUCCAGCACAGAAUUGAAUGUUUGGUCAAGCGCGCUUAUUAUACUAAUGACCAAAGAACAAGAAGACAGUCAUUUUCCCAGUGCUCAGAAGAGCUGUGUUUGGAUUUUUGUUUUUAAAUAUCUGAAGACAACAACAGGAUAGCCGAGUUCUGUGCAGCAGAACAGACUUGAUGCUACAUUAAAUCCAACGAUGAACUGUAAUGACUGCUGGAUAAAUAACAGCUGUGGAGCACGGACUAUAAUGACCUAACAGAAAAUGAGGUUUUCAUUUGGAAAAAAGGACACCUCCUGAUAAGAGUUCUGCAUUUCUGCUUCACUCCUGUGUCAAUUACAAAGAUGGAGAAACACUGGGUGCCUUCUCUUUUGUUACUUAGUUCUGUUGCUAAGCUAUUUGUUUUCGCCAACACUGAUGCUAACGAAACUCAACAUUCCCCGCAGCAUGUCUACAGUGAGCUUGGGGUCACCAGAAAUAAAAUAGUGACAGCGCAGUUUGAAUGUUACCAGAAAAUUAUGAAAGACACAGAUUAUAACAAAAAAGAUUAUUUUAUUACAUCGGACAAGGAAUAUCUCUUAAAAUUAAAAGGUCCGUUGUGUAACAGGACAUGGGAUGGGUGGCUUUGCUGGGAUGACACUCCAGCAGGAAUGACAUCAGUACAGCGCUGUCCUGACUAUUUCCAAGACUUUGAUCCUUCAGAAAAAGUUACAAAGAUCUGUGAUGAAAACGGAAACUGGUUUUCACAUCCUGAGAGCAAUAGGACAUGGACAAACUACACAAGAUGUACUGCCAACACCCCCCAGAAAGUGAAGACGGCGCUGAAUCAAUAUUACCUGACAAUAAUUGGACAUGGAUUAUCUAUAGCAUCUUUGCUUAUUUCUUUGGGGAUAUUCUUUUAUUUUAAGAGUUUAAGUUGCCAAAGGAUAACUCUGCAUAAAAAUCUGUUCUUCUCAUUUGUUUCGAAUUCCAUUAUCACCAUCAUUUGGUUGACAGCAGUGGCAAACAACCAGCCGUUGGUUGCAAGAAACCCAGUCAGCUGUAAAGUAUCCCAAUUUAUUCACCUCUACUUGAUGGGCUGCAACUACUUUUGGAUGCUGUGUGAAGGGAUAUAUCUCCAUACACUCAUUGUAGUGGCUGUUUUUGCAGAGAAACAGCACUUGAUGUGGUAUUAUCUCCUUGGAUGGGGCUUUCCACUGAUACCGGCCUCUAUUCAUGCAAUAGCCCGCAGUUUAUAUUAUAACGAUAAUUGCUGGAUCAGUUCUGAAACACAUCUGCUGUACAUUAUCCAUGGGCCCAUCUGUGCUGCUCUACUGGUGAAUCUGUUUUUCCUGCUCAACAUUGUUCGUGUUCUUAUCACCAAGUUAAAAGUCACACAUCAGGCUGAAUCCAGUCUCUAUAUGAAAGCUGUCAGAGCCACUCUUAUUCUCGUGCCGCUGCUUGGGAUUCAGUUUGUUCUGUUUCCAUGGAAACCACAGGGUCGCAUUGCAGAAGAAUUGUAUGAUUAUGUGAUGAAUAUCCUUAUGCAUUAUCAGGGCCUGCUAGUGGCAACAAUUUUCUGUUUUUUUAAUGGCGAGGUGCAAGCUGUCCUGAGGAGGCACUGGAAUCAGUACCGCAUCCAGUUUGGAAACAGCUUCUCCCACACAGACACCCUGCGAUCUGCCUCCUACACAGUGUCCUCGAUCACUGAGGUCCAGGGCAGCAUGUACAGCAAUGACUGCCAUUCAGAGCACCUGAACGGAAAAGGAUCCCAUGACAUCGAUACCAUCACUUUAAAAUCGGAAAAUACCUACGCCUGAGCAGGGAGGCAGCCAUUGACCAUCGCAGUUACAAUUGUUGGAGACUGGAGUUCAGAGUCGUUGGUCCCCUAGAUGACCCAUGGAACAAACUGGGAGUCCUCCCUUUAUACCUGAGCUCAAACACUUUUAUCUUUUUAUAUUUAUAACUCAGUAUGUCCCAUUACUUUCUACCGUGUAGAUAAGAUUGGCCCUUAAUAUUUUAAAGGGACUAUUGCACAGGUCCCUGAUGAACUGGCACAAUGAUUUAUGUAUAGAAUACGGAUGAUGCAUCAUUGCUUUUCUCUGCAAGGACGUGUAAAUAUUGUUACAUCUGUCUUAACCCUUUGUGGUCCAUUUAUUCAGCGCCUGUCAGGCACGUCAGGUACAAUUUAUUUUCACACACGCUGUUUAUUUUACACACGCUGUAAUUUUAUUCAUAGUAAAACAGGUUUAAAAGGCACUGCAUAUCAACAGGACACUCAGUACUGCAUCUCCAGCCCUGCCCUACCCCUUGUUCGCUGUAUUUAUCACAUACCUCUUCAUAGUAGUGCAUACUGAUAAAUCAUCUCCUGAUCACUCGUUUUAUCACCAAACUCCUCAAUAAUGCUAUCCAAGUCAUUAUUUUAUUACUAUAACAUCUCAAAAAGCUUGACAAAUGUCUGUGAUAUUCUUUGAGCGCUGGAUGCGGACGUUUAUGUCCGUGUUAUGUCUGUGGUGAUGGGACUAUGUGUUUUGCUCAGAUCUGCCUCCUUUUUUUUUUGUCUUCUCUCGGUUUCUAUCGGUCUCACUUGGCCAUUGAAAGGUUUUCUCGGCUUUUUCCAUAGAAAAAACAAGUAGAGACCUGUACUUGACGUCUUUUUGAUGAUGUCGGACCCUGUCUGACAUCGGACCAGAAAGGAAAAAUUGUAAUGUCGGACCUGGUCCGACAUAGGACCGCAAAGGGUUUUAGUGCAAAAUGCGCUUACCUUACAAGGUAUUAAGGUGGGUGCAGUAUUCUAUAGACAGUCAUUCCUAAUUUAAAUAGCCUGUUGAUAUUUAAGAGCAUUAAUUUUGUGCCAAAAACUUGAGUAAGCCUACGUGAAGUGCUUUGUGCCAAAAUAUUACAUUGGUUGUCAUGAGUUUUGACCUUGGAAUGACAAAAAGAAGAGUUGUAUGUAAUGGACUCCACAAUGGUAUGGGGAAGAAAAUGACUAGGAAAGACUGCAGAACCAUUCCAUGAAACUACCUGUAGUCAGAUUGGAUCUGUGCUUGUGCACUUAAACAGCCCAGGAUAUCAUCAGUACCAGUAUUAUUUUAUUAUUAUUUUUAUUUUUUCAAACGCAUGCCAUGCUAACUGUCCAUUAUCAUGGUAUAUCUUGGAAUUUUCUUAAGACAAGAUUUUAUUGGCAGCAAGAACUUUCCAAGAAUAGAUAAUGUUCUUCUCAUUUGUAAUAACAAACGUCAUAUAUAUUUUUGAAAAUAGUUGUAUUAUUGUAUGUGUAUAUAUAUAUAUACACACACACACACACACACAAACUAUCAAGGCACUACUAAAAAAAUACAUUUACCUGCAACUAUUGUUGUUUCUUGUUGGUAUUAUACAAUCUCAUUUGUUUUAUUCCUUUUAGAAAAUUUGCCUUUGCCCCUCAAAAUAGGGUUGGAUUGUCUUUCCACUAAUACUUCCAUUGCUGUACACAACAGUAUUGUAGUUACCAGUAAGAAAUAUAAUGAUUACCUCAAAAAAACAAACAAGAAAAGACCAUUAUCUGGUUUAAUGUUUAAACUGUCAAAUCAACUUGUACUUUCUUUAGACUUGAAUGAACGGCAUAUGCAAAUACUGUUAUUAAAAAGUAAGCUGCUGUGCCAUAGCUUAAUCAUAAUACCAUAUACCAUAAAGCAUUACUGUUCAAACACCCACUAUUUAUGAUCAUUUUGAUUGACUUGUCUAAAUGGACACACAAACAUUGUACAUUUAGUUAAAUGGAGAUCAUUAGUUGCUGAAUAUCAAGUUGGCAUAAUGGAAGUGUGCCACAAAUUAAUAUCACAUGCUGUAAAACACAGUACUUCAAACUUGAUUUCCUUAUUGAGAUUCCCUGGUUUGACCUUAUAUUAGUCAAAGUUGGGCCUUUCAUCAAUAUAUAUUUUAUAUAUAUAUAUACCGUAUUACUUUGAAUUAGCACCGCAGUGUUUAUAAUAUAUCCUAAUCAGUUAUUUUUCUUCUCACUGUAAUUUACCUGCUUGUUUGUAAUAGAUAGUAAGCAAGUUUAUAUAUAUAUAUAUAUAUAUAUAUAUAUAUAUAUAUAUAUAUAUAUAUAUAUAUAUAUAUAUAUUUGUACAGGACUGAGUAAAAUUCCAAUUGAAUGAAAAACAAAACAACUAAACCCCCUACAAGAAGCUUUCGGAUAGCGGCUAGAGUGACCGGCAAAGCUCUAAGUUCCUCUGAGUUUAAGUUUUCACCAUUCAAGCUGGCGACGAGGUAAACAGACAGCCCUUGUUUUAUCCCCUGCUGUUUUGGCACUGAACUCUGCUGGAAAAAAAAGAAAUAAAAAGACAUGAAGGACUGCUGUGCUGUAAGUAGUUAAUUUUGGGUUGUCUGUCGGUACUGUACCAUAAAAUAAAAUAUGCUUACUAAGGUGUGUGUACAUUAGUUUGUAUUAAUGCUGGAUUGAGGCUGCAGUCUCUUCAGGGGCGUCACAAGUACAUAGCCAGAGUUGCGCGUUUCUUUCUUUAUUUUUUGAGCAGGGGUAGAAAAAAAUACCUUUACUUUUCUUUAUUGAGAGCGGCGUUUAUUCAAGGGCGACGUCUAUUAAAAACGCUGCUAUCUGAGUGAGAUGUUAAUUCAAGGGUGGCGCUAAUUCGAGGGCAGUUAAUUCGAAGUAAUAUGGUAUAUAGAUAUAGAUAUAUAUAUAUAUAUAUAUAUAUAUAUAUAUAUAUAUAUAUAUAUAUAGAUAUAUAGAUAGAUAGAUAUUAGCGGAAUGGUCAAUAUUACAUUUUAUAAAGUAGAAUUAGAGUGUCUGUUUCAACACAAAGUUUAACACAGAUGAUACACAGGGAUGAAGCAGAGGCAACGUGACUUAAUGAAGCAUUGCUUCUCAGCAAAAAUUGAGUAUGGGUCCUUUAAUAACAAACAACAACAAGAGUUAUUAGGUGUCUGAAAAAAAAGCCAAAGCAUCUGAGCUGAGUUACACAUUCCUGUGGUCUUGUAAUUGAUAGGAGCUUCACGGUAUUUACUGGCUUAACAGUUAUGUAGUCAGGAAUGAUUGGUUCAUUUCCUUGGGCACUGAUCUUGACGAAUUGGCCACUACAGUCUACAGAGCAAGUAACUUGACACUCAACAUGUAUAUAAUACUCCAUUUUCCAUUUCUUUCUAGCACUGCCUUAAAGUUAAAUGAUGUUGUGUAGGAAAAUUAUCUUCUUACAUUUCCUCAGGUGUUAGGAAUCUACCCUAACUGUGUUUUAGUUGUAUCAUUUGUGUCAGGCACACACACACACACAUAUAUGUAUAUUUAGUUUUUUUAAUCAAUUUCAGAAAUAUGUGUCUUCGUUGAAGCAUUCAAGUUAUAUCAUGUCCUAAUGCUGGAAAAUAAAGUGUCUCUCACACACACACACACACACACACACACAAUAUAUAUAUAUAUAUAUAUAUAUAUAUAUAUAUAUAUAUAUAUAUAUAUAUAAACUGGUAAAUGUAUUAUCAUUGUAUUUAUUUAUGCCUCUGGAGUAAGAAUGGUGAACAGAUAAUGUCCUGUCAUGUUUUAAUUUGUGUUUACGAGAAAUAAUUCUUCCAGGAUGCAUUAAACCAGCUUAAACCCAGGAUGCAUGAAUAUAAAUACAUUUUGAUUGAUUUCUUAAAUAACCUGUUGCGAUAUUAUCCACAACCAGGCUGAUAAAGUAUGAUGGCAGUCAAUGAAAAUAAUGAGAUAAUAUUGACUCUGAAAGCUAUGAAGUGAAAAGCCAUACAUUUUUUAACGAUAAAACCCUAAUAAAACCUAAAUCAUAAUUUUAUAGUGUUUGUGGUAAGAACCUAAUGAAGUUUAUGAUAAUGAAGUUAAAUAUGCAACAUUAGACGGAUCCUGUCUCUUUAGGGCUGUUAUCUACUGUAUGAAUGUAAUUUGUGUGUCUUUUCUCCAGAUGUCAACAUAUACCUGUAGUUCAAUUCGUUUUUUACUGAAUGUGGGCUUUGCUGCCAUUAUUUGUGUGUAUUAUCUAGCUAUUGUAGAUUGUUAUAUACAGAAGCAUAUUUAUCUAAUGGUGUCUCCAUGUAUAACAUGUGAAGCUAUAGUGAUAAAGUAUUAAACUGGUGAAAGCACA